AUGGACAAAGACACAGGCGACAAGAUCCACCCCUCUGCCUCGGCCACGCAAGUGAGCCCCCAAACCACUCCCGCUAAGGAGCCUCUCCUAGGCCACGACUCUGAGAUGGACAAUCGCAAAGCCCUCCGCGACGCCCGCCGCACCAAGCAGAUUCAAAUCCUGCGUAUUGUGCAGAGCAUGCUGUCUGCCUUGCUCUCCCUCGCUAUCGCCAUCUUCCAGGGCAAGGUGUACUGGACUUACCAGAACACCAAGUCCGAUGCCGAGGCGUGGCCAUCUAAGCCCAAUUUCGUCCCAACGCUCCUAAUGUUCAGCGUCGCGCUUGCGGCGCUGGUGUUUGACGGGUCUAUGCUAGUUGCGUAUAUGGCACCCGGCAGCAAAUUCUCGAGAUGGGCGGUUAUGGUUGGCGGCGCCGCUCAUUACAUCGUGACCUCAAGCAAGACGGUUGGCUACGCCAUCUCAUCGAUUAUCUCCAUGACGAGUUACAACUAUGGCAACGACUCGGGCACACACACGGACUUGUGGAGCUAUACUUGCACGGACCAUGCAGCCAACAUGGACUCCUUGAUCCAGGCCUCCUCGAACUGUACUACUCAGUGGGCAUCCUGGGGCUUCGCUCUGGGGCAGCUCUUCAUCGAGGCCAUAGGAUGGGUCAUAUCCGCUCUGGCCUUUCGCCAGGGCGAGAAGAAGUUGAGCGAACAGGCUGUGGAUGAGAGAUUCACGGCGUACAGCGCAGAUGUCAACGGCCAAUUGAACGACGUCACGCCGCAGUUUGAUUUCAAGUCUUGA